AUGGCUACUGAUUCCAAGGCGGUCCGCCGCUACCAUGCGGGCGUUGAACGCGCACUCGGGCUAUUCGAUGCGUCGAAUGAAUGGGCGGACUACAUCGCUUUCCUGAGUCGACUGGCAAAGUCCCUCCAAGCUUCGCCACCUGACACCGAUGUGCCAUUCAAACCGACCUUGGCCAAGUAUCUGGCACUUUGUUUGAAGCCGUCCCUCCCGGCUGGGGUCCAUCAGAAAUGCCUGGAGGUCUACGACCUAAUAUUCUCCUUACAGGGGAAAGACGGACUGUCCCGUGACCUCGGCCUCUGGUUGCCGGGUAUAUCUCAAACACUCACAUUCGCCUCUCUGACCACGCGGCCAUUGUUCCUAUCCUUGUAUGAUGAGCAUAUUCUGAAGCUUUCCAGCCGGACGAUUAGACCGGCACUACGAGCGAUAAUAUUAUCCCUACUCCCCGGUAUCGAGGAAGAGAACAGCGAGGACUUUGAUCAGACUCUGAGAACAUUCAACAGACUGCGUGAGAUUUUCAAAGUGGACGAGGUGGAGGAAUUCUUCUGGCAAAGUCUCUUUCUAGCUUCCAUCACGAGUGUCAACAAACGACCCGGGGCACUGGUUUACUUGUCACGAUACCUCCCCAAGUUGGGACCCAAAGGAAGUGCAACAAGCCAGCCAAGUAACAUUGAAUCCGAUGACUCAAUGCAGCCAGCUAUCAACUCAGUCACAACCCCGGAACCAGGUCUGCUGGUCAGGUGCUUUGCGACGGGACUACAGGACGAUCAGCAAUUGGUUCAGCGAGGGUUUCUGGAUCUGUUGGUAUCACAUCUUCCUCUUGACUCUCCUAUUCUUCGAAGUCGUGUCACAUCGGACGACUUGGAUAUUCUUGUUUCCGCGGCAAUGUCUGUGGUGUUGAGACGAGACAUGAGCUUGAACCGACGCCUGUGGACCUGGUUCAUGGGCAGAGAAGACAAGAGAGAAGGCUCGACCGAGCAAGCCCCCGACACAACGAUCGCCCUAUCCCCCACCACAGCCACUCGAACAGUACCGUCGAUAUCGUCCAAGCACGAUUUUUUCGUCGCCCAGGGUCUCGAACCUGUGACACGCAGCCUCCAGAAAAUGCUCAGCAAGCAAUCCGCUUCCCCCGCGGAAAGAGCGCGCCCAUUUCGAAUCAUGCUGUCGCUGAUGGAUCGUUGGGUGAUCGGAAGACAGCCGGUUGACUCCUUGUUCAUCGCUGCGAUGCGCGAUCUCCAACAAUACCAGACUACCGCACCCUCCCAGACCUCGUUCGACGAGGUUUUUCGAAGUGCCAACGUUUUUUUCGACGCCAUUGAGCCCAAGGUCAUUGCGGCUCAACUUUUCCUACUCCUUCGCCAGCGACAACUUGACUUGAUUGAAUUUAUUCUGUCGAAUUUUAGCCUUCAAGAAGAUGACAUGACGGCCAUCCAUCUCCCAUUCCUGUGCCUGGCCAUCUCGGAGAUAUUGCUUGAAGACUGUGCGCUACCCCAGACCGGAAAGAUUGACCUCUCGUACGACAGCCAACUGGUGAGACUGUUAGAUGGACUCCUCACGUUACUGCCUCCCAAGACGACCGACCCGACCGCGCUCACUCCCGGCUCGACUUUACCGGAUGAGGUUCUCUCCAAAAUCGAACGUUUUUACAGUCAAACCUCACGAACAACGACAAAUCAGACCCCUUUCCUCGACACAGAUGCCACGACCCAACUUUUACUCCGAAACAUCAUCAACUGUGUACUGGAAUGCCUUGGAGGCCCUGCUGGUCCCGUUCUCCUUUCUCCCCUGACGGGUGCGGUCCUGAAAUUGGUUUCAAAGUCUGGUGGCCAAAAUGCACUACGUGAGUUGCAAUUGGGGAGCCGACUUGGGAAGUUGCUGAGUAUGGGAACGGGAGAACUUGGACAGGCAUACGAAGUGGCGCGAACAAUUUCAAAGAUCCUGGAUACUCUUCACAACUUCGAUGCUACCCUUUCAACUUUGACAGAGCACGACAUAUUCUAUUUGACUCCUGCGCUGAUCACUCAAUUAUGGGGCGUCUUGCUCCCCAGUACCCCACAAUUCCACGUCGAAGCCGUAGAGCUCAUAUGGAAUCUCCGUUCCAUAUCGAAAGAACUGCUUAUCGUAGACAGCAAACUAAUGGAGUUGAUCUGUCUAGACGCAGAGAAUGAUACCGCACUCGAAGAUCAUAUGGCGCGUUUUUCGACCUUGUGGUUACACACCCGCUUUCCGGAAGUGACCAUCGACUUUUUCUCUGCCAAAAAACGGACCAACGAUGAUGAAGUCCCCUGGGCGAUGCUGAGGCAACCGGUGCUCAGUAUUUUAGACGGAGUUCAGGUCAACCAGGACGAAGACCCGCGUCGUAUUUGGCUAAGUACAUUGCCGUCAUUGCGUCCGGUCUUCAAGAUAGUCCAUUCGGUGUCCGUUCAAGACGACUCACACCCGCAGCUGUUCUUACUCAGUCUCCAUAGGAUAUCCAAACUGGUCACUAUUGCACGACAGUCGAGCUUACAGAGAAGUGACUUCUUCGGACCCGAAGGCUUUGGAGAUACGCUUUUGGAAUACUGCACGGAUAUCUUGUCAACAAUCAAGGUACAAACCGCUCCUGCAAGAUCCGCGUUGUCAAUCUUGCGACUGAUGAUUGACGAUAUCGAUAUUCGAGGAAAGCAGUCCCUGAUCGACCUUCUCAUUCACCACCUGUCAAACCCUGGCGAGGACGUCGAAUUCCAAGAAGGCAUUUUAGAAACCCUGCAGGGUAUUUUCGCAAAACCAAGUUCUGAACCACCACCUAAUGAGUUGAUCGUGGUCCUCAUGGCUGGGAUAUCUUCACCAAAAGUCGACUCAAUGAUUGACAAGUGGAUCACUUUGCUUUGCAACACUUUACCACUGUGUUCAACACAAAACCUGUUCACAAAUAUGCUGAAAUUGACUUCUUGCUUCUGCGGAAGUAUUAAGCGAAAUUUCGAGCAUAUUCAACGCUUGUAUGGAAGAGCGGUGUCGUCAACCACUGUCAAUGGUGAUUCUGCCACGGUUGCGGCAAAAAACCCGGAGAAAUCCAUCAACAACCUAUUAGCUGGGUUGGAGUACAUCCUCGCCAGAGCACAUACCCACUUGAGCGACCAUAAUCUGGCUUCGGAGAGUUCGAUGCCAAUCACGACCGAAACGACACAAUCUCGAUCCGUGGCCAACAACAGACUUACCGUCAUUCUCUGUAUGCAAGACACGAUCAAGCUAUGUGGAGAAAUAUGGGCAUGGCGGAUUGUCAAAAGAUCCACCAAUACUGUGUCCGAUACAAAGUCUUUCAAUUACAUGUCGUCACGGCUGCGAACGAGGACGAGAAAAAUUCUCGAGCACUUGGCAGACGCUGAACCUCAAGAGUGUCUUGAGACAUUGAUGGGCAUGUGGGUGGAUGGGGCGAAGCGAGGAUCCGAGCAGGUGGUCAGUCUGAAUCUCAUGCAAAGCCUCGACGGGGCACGACCCAAGUUCAUGAUGCCUGCGACCUUCAAUGCAAUCUACAAUCGAACCAACCCAGCGGCUCUAGAUCGAUCACAAAAAUCGAGUUUGUCUGUUGAUGUGAGUGCACCAGAACUCAUGGCAUUCCUCAUCGCCUACACUAGUGCUCUGGAAGAUGAUUUAUUGGAAGAAAUUUGGGCUGACUGCACGGCUUUCCUUCGUGAAGUGCUCGCCAACCCCAUGCCACACCGACAGGUCUUGCUCCGGCUGCUGGAGUUCGUCGCUGUCUUGUGCAAAAAGAUGGAGAAUACCAAUUUCGGCGAAGUGGUCAAGAUGCGACGAGAGUUGGCUGACUUGUGUGCGAGACUGUUCACUGCCAUCUUCACCAUCAGACCAGUCGGACUCGGGCUCGACUCCCUGCCGGGGCGAAGCUCGGAAGAAAGCAAAAUGUCCACGGAAUCAUUCAGCAUUCAACGAAGGAACACACUUGCUGUCGGGAACGCCAUCCAUAUAUUGUGUGACUCACUCCCGGUGAUUGGGAAUGUCCUCGGGGACUCAGACCGACUUUACACGGCCUUUUCAGGCAUUGCACUUCAUAUCACCGGACCGGCAUUGCGUGCAAAACAGUUUCCACACACUGUCAAUGUGGAUAUGUUGCGCUUGAUGCGGUUGAUGUCCAAGUCACAGCCGAACAAUAAAGUCUGGAAGAAGGAUGUUCUCGAAGCCUUCAAUGAUCCGAAAUUCUUCCAAACACCAUUCCAAUUGGCGGAGGAAGGAUGGCUCCCGCUUCUCCGACAGGUCUUCCUCUCGGAAAAGGGUUUGAUGACUGAGCUACUCGCCCGGCUGACACCACCAACGACGGCGGGGCUGAUGUUCGGCGUUGGGGCGACAGCAGCGCGAACCGAAGCCGACCGUCGGACGCAACUAACCCUCAAAAGAAUCGCAAUCCUCCUCCUCGUGGGCGACAUCGACACCUUCGCGGGGGACCUCACCUUGAUCAUGCGCAAGCUCGAAGAGCUCUUGACGGCCACGGUCUCCUCCUCGCCAUCGUCCAGUACGCGCGGCGACAUAUACACCCUCCUGCGAACGAUCGUGAUGUCCUUCUCCCAGGUCCAACUCGUCGGGACAUGGCCGAUCGUCGACAUCGAGCUUCGAGACCUGUUCACUAGCAUGCGAGAGAACAGCGGCAAAGCAGAGGAUGGGCAAGAUUCUACAUCGACAUCCACACCUGCUUCGCAACUCCAGGGCGCCAAACUUCUCGAUCUCCUCCUGCUCCUGAAGCCCGAAGAGUUCCAGCUUCACGAAUGGCUCUUUGUCACCGACACCGUGGACGCAGUGUAUCCACCACCAGACUUUGUAUCCACCGCGGUGGCGGAUGUGAUGGCGUUUUCAACGAACGGCGCAACAUCCGCGGACGUUGAACUGCCGAGCGCGUCGGAGAAUGAAGCACGGAAGCCCUGGCUCUGCGGCGAUCUGAGCCGGUCGGUGGACGAUGUGCAAUCACUGCUACGCCCGUUCUUCCGCCAUUUGAGUAUCCACGCAUUCGAGGAUACCUACAGUCUCCAGGAAGUCGACUUUGAAGCGUGCAGGGGGGACGUGCUGGCGGAUGUCUUUGUUGAUUGA